AUUCACAUUUCUCGGUAUACAGAAUUUAUUCGAAAAUUUUAAAAUUUAAUCUUGCAGUAUCUGACUUUUGUAUCUUAUAUUUUAUUUUUAUACAUAAUUUUUUUUUUGUUUUUGUAAUUUGGAAGAAUAUGUCUGCUCUUAUUGGAUUCGAAGUGAAGAAUGAAAAAAAUCACACAAAUCAAGUGAAACCAUAUAACACCGCGCCAAAUGAUGUACGAUUCGAAAUAACUGACAAUUUUAAACAUGACCGCGUGCGUUUCAAAAAUACUCCUCCUACCAUUAUUGUGCCUACACAUAAUUCGCAUAAAAAUGUGCCAAAAAAUUUAGCAACACAGUUGAAAGAGAGCGGUAACAAAAGUGAAUCUAAACAUAUUUCAAACAUUUUAACUGUUAAUGAUACAAAAAAUGAUUUCGUCAUACAAAUCAAAAAUGACACAAAGCAUAAACGAAAAAGUGAUACAAAGCUCACACCCAACACACAUUCGACACUUUCGAAAGCCGAAUCAAAAACCUCCUUAAAAAGUGAUCACAAAAUUUUGAUAAAAUCAGAUUCAAAAUCGACUUUACGUAGUGGUGAAUCUAAAAACGACUUGAAGUCACUCUCGGGCACCUUACCGAGGCGGGAGUCGAAUGACACAGUGAAAGGUAAUAGUUUGAAUAGAACGCUGCAGAAGGUGGAUUCUAGAGCGACGCUGAAAAGUGAAACGAUCUCAACGACAAGCGUUCCAAGCAGCACGCAUGGCAAAAAGAGUCUGGAGUCGAUGACGGAUGAGGAGAUCGUCGAGGAAAAUCUAAAAGAACUGCUCGAAAACAAGAAUCGUGAAGAGCGCAAAGCCAAUGGACGCCUGAUAGCGCUGAUUGUUGCGUUUUUGGUCAUUUUCAUUGCUCUCUACAAUUCGUGGCUGAAGGAUGCCCGUGGCCUGGCUGGCAUCCUAGUCCCGGCGUUAAUUAUGAUAUCUUACGCUGGAUGGGUGGUAUUGUUGGCGAAGCGCGAUAAACAACGUCAAGUAUUGUUUGAAAAGCAUUUAGAAGAAGUUAUGGAACGCAACAAAAUUGAAUUGGCGAGAAAGGCAAAACUCAUAAAGAAAAAGAAGCAAAUCGAAGAGGCAAAGCGCAAAGAGAAUGAGAAAGCCGCUAAGCAACAACGGCUGGGGCAUCGGCCCAGUUUCCGAGAGAAACUCUUCGGUGUGCGUACGCCGGCAUUACAGCCUUCAACUAACUUACUGACAAUUGCCGUCACUGCAGCGGCGCCAUCACAAAUUGUUGUAGAAUCAAGUAAGAAGCACUUGCAACGUAUGGAUGCUUUAGUGCUGCCACAUCCGCCUGUGCGUACAAGUUCCAUACCGUAGUGGUAGAAAUAUGAAUAUGGGGAAAUAUUCAUAAACAGGAAAGCUACUAAAAGUGUUGUGUUGUGGCAGGAAGUGAGCGUAGUUGUUAAAAAACUAUACAAAAAUAU